GGGGAAAAAGUAGGAGGAGCCAACAAGGAGUCCUUCAACAAGUCAGAAAGAAACAUGCUCAGGCAGUUAGUCAAACUCGAGACACUCAGAGGAGAACACAGUCGCCAUCUGGACUAGCGGCUGGACAGGAGAGGGAACGAGGGUGAUCUGCACCUGUCCCACGAACACACUCACUCUCUAUUGCGCGCACACACACACUCACACACACGCGCGCACACACACACAAGCGCACUCAGGGGAGAGAUCAGACGGCUCUAUGUGUGGCUGGAACCAAAGUCUGUCGGCCGCCUCUCAGCAUAGCUCCGUCAUGUUGACCACUGAGGGCUCCCCGAACACAGCCGACCAGGUGGAUCUGAAGAUGACCGUCGAGGAUGCCGACAUGUCCAAUUGGACAGAAGCUGAGUUCGAAGAGAAGUGCACCUACAUAGUGAAGGACCACACGUGGGAUAGUGCGGACAAGACAGAUCUGCCCCGCGCCCAGACCUCGCUGCCGAGAAACCUGGCAUUCAGAUAUGCCCCUGACUCCAAAGAGGUAAUCGGUGUCGUAAGCCGCGAGUACAUACCGACCGGUACGCGCUUCGGCCCUCUAGUGGGAGAAAGUUACACAGCAGAGAACGUACCCAAAGACGCCAACAGGAAGUACUUCUGGAGGAUUUAUGCAGAAGGACAGUUCCAUCAUUUUGUAGACGGCCUGGACGAGGAGAAGAGCAACUGGAUGCGCUAUGUGAAUCCAGCCCACUCACAGCAGGAGCAGAACCUGGCUGCUUGUCAGAAUGGCAUGAGCAUCUACUUCUACACAGUGAAGCCCAUCCCUGCGGACCAGGAGCUGCUGGUGUGGUACUGCACCGACUUCGCACACCGUCUCCACUACCCUCCCUCAGGAGAUCUCAUGAUGCAGAAGCUCAAGCAGAGUCUGAUAGAAGCAAAGCAGCAGGUGUCGGAAGAAAAACCUGUUGUGAAGAGAGAGCAUACUGUGUCAGAAAUCCUCAAAGACACAUGGCGGGAGCCUGCAAGACCACUGCCCACACGUCCCCACUGCACUGUUAGCCCUGACAGACCCAUCUACCCCCGUGUCAUCUACCCAGUCCGCCCGCAGCCUCACCUCAGAGAGGAUAUCAUGAAAACCAGCCCAAGUAUCUGUUUUGCCACUCGUUCACCUGCACUGUCCUCAGCCACCCCUAGCCCAUCAGCACUCAGCAGCCCUGAAACCAGUCCAGGAAACAGUCCUGCUCCAGCAGAUCCUAGGGAUGCCCUGCCACUCUACAAUGGCAGCCUGGGUCACUAUCCUGGCUACUCCCUGCCCAACCCCCUUUCCUCAUUCUACCCCAACCCACAUUAUCUCUUUGCCCCUUACCCCAUCAGUGGAACACAACCAGUGGCGAAUGUGUUCUCCCGCAUGUACCCCAUUUACAACACCUUACUGUCCCCUCACAUGCCCCACCCACCCACCAUUCCACCUGAGGGAGGAAGGCAUUUCCUGCUGCCACCCCACAGGGACUUCCUGCUUCCACCACCCAAGAGUGCCUUCACUAGAGCGACGACCCCAAAAGACAAACCCCUGCACAGACACCCUCAUGCCCCAAUCAGUGGUUCUCCCACAGCUGGUUCUGCAGUCUCUGUUGAUCAGCAGCCUGCCAACCCAACCUCAGCGCAGCCGAGCAUCCGACGUUCAGAGGAUGAGGCAAUCAAUCUCAGCAAGAUGAAGCGAGGCCCUGCAGGAUACAAGACGCUGCCAUACCCACUGAAGAAACAGAAUGGCAAGAUAAAGUACGAGUGCAAUGUAUGCAGCAAGACUUUUGGACAGCUGUCAAACCUUAAGGUGCACCUGCGUGUCCACAGUGGCGAGCGCCCUUUUAAGUGUCAGACAUGCAAUAAGGGCUUCACUCAGUUGGCCCACCUGCAGAAGCAUUACCUGGUCCAUACAGGAGAGAAGCCCCAUGAAUGCCAGGUAUGCCACAAGCGUUUCAGCAGCACAAGUAAUCUGAAGACCCAUCUAAGGCUGCACUCAGGUGAGAAGCCUUAUCAGUGCAAGCUCUGCCCAGCUAAGUUCACACAGUUUGUCCACCUCAAACUGCACAAACGGCUACACACUCGAGAGCGCCCCCACAAGUGUACACACUGCCACCGCAACUACAUCCACCUCUGCAGCCUGCGCCUCCACCUUAAGGGCUACUGCCUGGCUGCUAUGCCUUCCCCCCACUGCAGCCUCGAUGAACUGAACCGCAUUAACGAGGAGAUCGAGCGCUUUGACAUCAGCGACAAUGCUGACCGGUUGGAGGAGAUUGAUGGUGUUGAUGUGGAGAGGCUGGUGGAAAAGCAGAUCUUCAGUCUGAUCUACCGUGAAAUGGACCUCAAGGCAUCAUACCACAAAGGCAGCACUGGAGGAGAUUUGCUUCCUCCAUCACAUCCGUCUAGCACCUACAGCCUGUAUGAGCCAAGCAGUGAAACAUCAGUUAUCAAGCUCCUACCUGUCAAGGUCAAACAAGAGACUGUGGAGGCAAUGGAAUCUUAGCCCCAGCCCUAGUACACACACUCACUAAGACAUGCUGCCCCUCAACCUCAUUGGUUCACCCGGUCUGGCUGUGGACAGCCACAGGUGUACACGAUCCUUCUCAUAAGGAGACAGGCUCAGACCUUUGCUUUCAGGGAGUUACCAUACUCAGGGCUAAGAGACACUGCUCCAGGCCACUAGCGGUCCAGUGUGUCCUACACUUACUUUAGAGACAAUCAUCGAUUUCUUUAUUUCAUAAUAAUAUUAUUGUUGAUGUCAUUGGUAUUUGUUAUUAUUUUUUUCUAUUGUUAUUCCUUAAUAAUAUUUGGUUCAGUUCGAUAUGCAACUUCCUUAAUUUAUUGUCAAUGUUUACAAUGACUGGGUAAUUCAUUGUAAUUCACUGUUCUGUAGAUUUUCUAGUCACUCUUUUGUACAUAGUUUCUUGCAGCCUGCGUUAGUUGUUUGUUUGCCCUCUGAUUGUGAUGAACUAAUGAGUACCAGAGUUGAGGAACUUGCCUUGAUUCAGGGUUUUUUUUUUUAUUUGUAUUUUUAAUGCAGACAGGUUUUUUUUUCUUUUUCUUUUUAAGUAGCUCUUUUAUGGAAGGCUGUUGUAACACAACGAUAAUGGAAUUUUGACAGUGUCACCAUCACCAUGUCUUACUUGCUGGGGGGAGGGAGGGGGAAGGGUAAGAGAUUUGAUUGAUUUGUUUUCAAAUAACCUACGAGCCUUUCCCUAAUUUCUAAUGAGCACGCCUCGGUGUAACACAAAAAGGGCAUUUUGUAUAUUUUCAACAAUUUACCUCAAACUGUGAGUGUGUGUGUGUGUGUGUGUGUGUGUGUGUAGGCUGCGAGUGUAUUCAGAAGGAAGUCAAAGGCAUAUAUGAUAUUUAUUGCUUUUCUACUUGAAGAAGAAACCAAAUGUCCCUGGAGUAGAGGUCUCUAUGUGGUUAAAAAAAAAAAGAAAAAAAAAAAGACAGGAGCCUGGUAGCAUGUAGCACACUGGCUAUGAAGCUGAGAGUACUUCUCUAUUGACUCACUAAUAUUUUGGCGCAAGGGACUGGAAUACUGAGCUAGUUACCAAAAGUUCACUUAAAGAGCAGUGAGUGUCUAUAGCGGUAUUAGUUGCUCUUUAGAUGUUGUCUGUUCUACAGAUUUUUGUGUUUGCCCUUUUUACACUCAUGGAUGGCACAAGUCAAAGUGCCUUGGUCUUUAUAUGCACUGGUUUAUCUUCAUUGAUCAUUUUUUCUAUACUUUUUUUUUUUUUUUUUUUUUUAAAUCCAGAUUUUUUCUGAGAGAGUCAUAAUUUUGAUGGCUUAAUGACUUUCUUUCCAUAAGGCACCAAAGUGUACCGUAAAGCAGUAGCAUCUCUUCAUUUCUGUUCUGAAGUAUGACCAAAGUCUUCCCCAUAUCUUCAGCUUUAAACGAAAUGUAAAACAAAAACAAACUCCUCUGUCUCUACGUUUACAUACAGGUUUACAUAGUUAUUUAAGUGCAACUUGUUUAAAAUGUAAAUUAUAUAAAAUGUUCACUGACAUAAUGGAAUGGUUUGUCUUUUCUUGUCAUUUUUAAAAAAAAAAAAACACCACAAAAAAAAAAAAAAAAAAAAAAAAGAAUACAUGUUUCAGUCAGAAAAACGCCAAAGUACUUAAAGCCAUAGGACGAAUCCUCAUGAUCAAUCCGGUACAAAUACGAACGUGCAAUUUUCGGCUAUAUAUUUUUCGCCGAUCUAAAACGUGCAAGACCGAUUCUUAGUUUGAUUUGAUUUGAAAUCUCUGAAAUGACUGAACGAAUCAUGGAAUUCAUCGUCUUACUCAUCGUUUUCAAUUUGCCUUUGCACUGACACAUGGUUCUCUUUCCAAUAUCUUAUUAUUACUACUACUAGGAAAAUGGAACCUUCAGAUUUUAAAACACAAAAGGUUCCACUGCCCCGGUGAUCAUGGCCAAAAAGAAAGAGACGAGGUGCAGCUUGGCAUCUGAUUCCCCACAGUUAUUAGAGCUACGUUUGUGUUCCUAUAAUAGCAACUUUACACAGGAUGACGUUUCUGUCAUUUUUGGAAGGAGUCUCCAGUGUCAGCGCGUCGUAACACCCAGAGGUAAUGCCGUAGCCGAGUUUUCAGACAUCGGAAAUGCGGUCUUUUGUAGAUAACAUGAGAAGCUGCGUAUUUUUUUUGUCUCAUUACACAUUGGAAAUGCAGUCUUUUGUAGAUAACGUGAGAAGCUGCAUUUUUUUCUUGUCUCAUUACCUUCGAGAGAGAAAAAGGAGAGGCUUGUGAGGAAAUGACUGUUUAUAGUUGCUACGAUGUACGCGAUAACAGGAACUAACUUGUUUCGUAGAUGUUCCACAACAUUAUACGUUACUAUAAACGGCUUAAAUGUAUUACAGUCUUUACCGAAUGAACGACAAGAGAAACGCCACUUUGCAACGUGCUGCCUCGCAGGAACCCGUUGUUGAUUAUCUUCCUCUUACAGCACAUCUCCGAGUGUUUUAUCCGUUACAUGUUAAUACUUACAACGAGGACUCUAGAAUUUUUUCGAAUAUUUUCACAAAGCUGCUUAGAUUCCGUUCGAAUACAUAUAAAGGAAAUGGUAUGCGACUAGCAGUUACUCAUCACCAAUCGGGUUCACGUUUCCAGCAUCACGAGGUGAUGUUUGUUCUCACAACCACCUCUAGCCCAUGACACGAACACAAUUUAUUUAUUUUUUUUCCAGAAAGAAUGCUCGUCUUUCAGGGCGCCUGAGAAAUUUCCGGAAAACAGCCACUGCAAAUGGCACUUACGGUAAACAGACGUUGCACCAAAGAAUUUUUAAACACUGAAUGACACAGUACAAUCAACAGUGACUCAAGAAGACCCAGGGGGCUUUCUGUAAUGAGCCGCCCAUGCAUCCCAUCGGGCCUGAAGUGUGGUCAUACGCAUUAAAGAAGAAACAGAUGGGAACCAGGCCCAGACACAGGGGGGGAAUUUCAGGACAUCCGUCCCCAACAAAGGCCUUGCGUUUAUAUGGGCCAGUAUAAAUGUAUGAUAAAGGCUGUGGUUCAAAACAAACCAAUUUGAACAUACAUGUCCUGAAAUAAGGGAACAAACAGGUUCCUGCCAUGGGUGUUCUUCUUACAGGAAAAGUUCAAUCAGAAUUUACCUCAAGAGCGUUCGAUCAGGCAAAAUAUGUUUGUUUAAAAACUUAUCAAUGGGUAAAGUUUUUAAUAAAUAAAUCAACAGCUGCUAGUUUAGCACUGUCUAACACAUGAGCAGAAGGAGGCUAUUCUAAAUAUUACCUACACGAACCAAACUGGACUAUAUCGUUAACCGAGUCCUGAUUCCUGGAUUCUCAUUCAUGAUUCUUUGCCCAGUUUUAUAAGGCACAAUAUGUACAGUGGUGCUUGAAAGUUUGUGAACCCUUUAGAAUAUCACAUCAUAAAUAUGACCUAAAACAUCAACAGAUUGUCUCAAGUCCUAAAAGUAGACAAAGAGAACCC